AUGACUGGGAAGAAGUGGACCAGGUUCAGAGAUCAGGUUCAUCUCUGCCACGUACCACCUGGAACUGGAGCCAGAGAGAGUUUGAUCUUCCAUGCAACGGCAGUACCAGCCCUCAGCGGGCUGCCGGAGAGUGGCAGCGGGGUGGCCUGGAACGAAAGCCACCACUGCCGGCUGCUCGCCGGGCUGGUGCCCGACCAGUUCCAGAUGUGCCGCAGGAACCUGGAGGUCAUGCACAGCAUCGUCCGGGCCGCCUGCCAGACCAAGAGCGUCUGCCAGAAGACCUUUGCAGACAUGAGGUGGAACUGCUCCUCCGUCCAACGUGCCCCCAGCUUUGGCCCUGACCUCCUGAAAGGAACCCGGGAAUCCGCCUUUGUCUACGCCCUGGCUGCUGCCGCCGUCACACACUCCAUCGCCCAAGCCUGCGCCUCAGGAGAGCUCCCUCUCUGCUCCUGUGGCUCCGUCCCCUUGGAGGUCCCGGGGCCAGACUUCAGAUGGGGUGGCUGUGGGGACAACCUGCGCUACGGCCUCCAGCUUGGUGCUGCUUUUGCUGACAGUCCCUUAAAAUCCAGCAAGCUGGGGACACAAGGGCUCAAGGCUAUGAAUCUGCAUAACAAUGCAGUGGGUCGGCAGGUGCUGAGUGACUCCCUGGAUACCAAGUGUAAAUGCCAUGGUGUUUCAGGCUCCUGUUCGGUGAAGACCUGUUGGAAGGGACUGCCAAACCUGGAUGAAAUUGCCUCUGACCUCAAGUCCAAGUACCUGGCAGCCAUCAAGGUGACCCACCGGCUCAUAGGGCCCAGGAAGCAGCUGAUACCCAAAGAAACGGAUGUCAGGCCAGUGAAAGGGACGGAUCUGGUUUAUCUCAUCAACUCUCCUGACUACUGCAUGCCAAAUCGCCACCUGGGGUCUCUGGGGACACAGGACAGGCAGUGCAACAAGACCUCCGUGGGCAGCGACAGUUGCAACCUGAUGUGCUGCGGCCGCGGCUACAACACCUACACGGAGGAGGUGGUGGAGAGGUGUCACUGCAAGUAUCACUGGUGCUGCUACGUGGUGUGCAAGAAGUGUCGGCGGAAGGUGGAGAGAUAUGUCUGUAAAUAACGCCAGCGGCAUCACAGCAGGCGGGAGGACUCCUGUGCUGGUGUCCUCCGGGGCACAGCUGGAGACUGAACGCCAAACGCAGGGGAUGCUCUGAGCUACGGCAAGAAGCGGGCUAUGCAGGAAGCCUGGACUCUCGCAUUACCACGGAAGACCUCAGGCUGAGUGAUACCGGGAAGCCUAAGUCUGGAGGUCGACUUCUGCUCCAUCUCCCCAGAGCAAGACAAAGGGCUGCCCUCCUGCAGCUGAUCAGGAGUGUCCAACCCUCUGUCUCCAGCUGGGGACAAACCAUUUAUCACUCCACAUGCACAGGCCCUUUUCUCCAGGGGUGAAUGGGGACCCUGGGCUGCCAUUGUCUCUUUGCAGGAGGUUUCUGACAGUGGCCUGAAAGCCAGGAGUGAUGGAUGGGAAGGGGGGUAGAGAGUUGCCCGCUGAGAGAAGGCUGCAGGGGAAGAAAGCUGCUUCAGGUGAGGGGGUCAUGGGCAGCUCCUUUGGGGACAGGAUUCUGCUGUGGGCUCACCCAACACCACUGAAUGUUCCUCCUCAGGGGCAAAUACUGGUCCAGAGCCCUUUGAAACAUCUGAAAUGGAGACCAGGCUUGAACAUGGACAAAGUUAUUGCUCCAGGAGACAGAACUCUUCAAUCCUCCCCAUGACCUGCAUGGAGAUUGCCGCUGCUCUCAGUGAUGACUGAUGAUAGCAAACAGCUAGGGACAGGAGCGGUCCCGGUGGCUGCCGAAGCAGGGCAGCAUAGCAAAACUGCACCAAGCAGCCUUGUAUUAACAGGGCAGCCAUGGCAGCACUGUAGCUUCUGCCCUCUGGGCUUGUGUUGAAGGUGGACACCCACUCAGCAUAUGCCAUACACAUGACUUGUCCUUCCUGCCCCUUCCUUUAGACCACUAAGGUCUUUAGUCCACUCCUUCCACCCCCUUAAUACCAGUUGUGCUGGCACUCUGCCCUGGGGAGAGGACACAACUCUGGGGCCCUUGGGAAAUAAGAAUGAACCUUUAGUCUCUAUACUUAGUGUAAGUGGGGUUCUGGUGUGUGUUUUUUAAAAUAAAUGUAUUAUACCGUA